AAACAGUGACCUGAGUGACAGCAAGUCCAGGCCCUGGGUGGAUGAUUAGAUGGUUGUUUUACCCUGAUUAAAAUUAAUCUAUACUUAUCAAAUAUUUAAAGCCUUUUCGAAGUUUAUGGAGCAGAUAGAACUAAAUUAAAAAAAAAAAAUUUGAAUAAAAAAUGGAAACUUAUGAUGUCAUAGUCAAUCAACCGGUAGUAAUAGAUAAUGGAUCUGGUGUUAUUAAAGCUGGAUUUGCAGGUGAUCAAAUUCCUAAAUGCAGGUUUCCAAAUUACGUAGGACGCCCUAAACAUGUCAGAGUAAUGGCAGGAGCUCUAGAAGGAGAUAUUUUCAUUGGACCGAAAGCUGAAGAACAUAGGGGUUUACUUUCUAUUAAAUAUCCAAUGGAACAUGGACAUGUUACAGACUGGAAUGAUAUGGAAAAAAUUUGGACUUAUAUUUAUUCAAAAGAUCAACUAUCGACUUUUUCUGAAGAACAUCCAGUGCUCCUAACUGAGGCACCUUUGAAUCCCAGACCAAAUAGAGAGAAAGCUGCAGAGUUGCUCUUUGAAUCAUUCAAUGUGCCAGCACUUUACAUCUCUAUGCAAGCUGUGUUGAGUUUAUAUUCUACAGGUAGAACCACCGGUGUAGUUUUAGAUUCAGGAGAUGGUGUUACACAUGCAGUACCAAUUUAUGAAGGAUUUGCAAUGCCACAUAGUAUAAUGAGGGUAGACAUAGCUGGGAGAGAUGUAUCUAGAUAUUUAAAACUUUUACUCUGUAAAGAAGGCAUAAAUCUUCGAACAUCUGCUGAAUUUGAAACGGUUCGCACAAUCAAAGAAAAAGUAUGUUAUUUAGCAGCUAACCCUGUAAAAGAAGAAUCUGUAGAAGUUGAUAACAUGCAGUAUACACUUCCAGAUGGAAACAUAGUAAAAAUAGGACCAGCCAGAUUCAGGGCACCUGAACUCUUAUUUAGACCAGAUCUUAUAGGUGAAGAAUGUGAAGGUUUGCAUGAAGUCCUUGUUUAUUCCAUUCAAAAGUCUGAUUUGGAUUUGAGAAAAAUUUUAUUCAAAAAUAUUGUGUUAUCUGGCGGUUCCACAUUAUUUAAAGGUUUUGGGGAUAGACUUCUAGCCGAAAUUAAAAAACUUGCUCCUAAAGAUGUUCAGAUCAAAAUUUCUGCUCCUCAAGAAAGAUUAUAUUCCACUUGGAUAGGCGGCUCUAUUUUAGCAUCUCUUGACACAUUCAAGAAAAUGUGGGUAUCAAAGAGGGAAUUUGAUGAAGAAGGACAACGAGCUGUCCAUCGAAAAAUGUUCUAAGUAUAAAACAAAUCUUUAUUAUAAUUAGGUAGCAAUUUACUUUUAUUAUAAGUGAUAAACUAUAUUUGCUAAUAACAGGCUUAAAGCAAUUUAUUCCACUCAUUUUUAUACAUAUUGUGUAAUAAAUAAGCUGUUUUCAUUCAAAAUUCUGUUUUUUUAAUUUAUUUUAUUGUAUAAUGUCCAUUAAAACGUACUAAAUGCUUA